AAAUCUUCGGUGUUAUUUUCCACAAUUCCUCAACAAGUGGUAGCAGAUACCGCCCAAACUGGCGGCCCAGAUAGAGUCCCAUGGGUUUCUGGUUACCGAACUUUGGCCUUACGCUUAGGUGAAGAUGAUUCCAAUAUUCGUCAAAAGUACCGGCCAUUCAUCCUGAGCGACAAUACAUCAGAAGACUGGGUCGAUGGUCUCGAGCUGACCACAGCUUUGGACAUUGCUGAGAGUAGCCUCAAAAUUGCGAAUGCAAGGGUCAAGGUCCUAGUACUUUAUGGCAGUCUCCGGAGAAGAUCAUAUUCGCGGCUGGUUGCUUUUGAAGCUUCCCGAAUCCUUUUCCGACUCGGCUGUGAUGUGCGUAUCUUUGAUCCUGAAGGUCUUCCAAUGAAGAAUGAUAGCGACCAUGGACAUCCUAAAGUACAGGAGCUUCGAGAACUUAGUAAUUGGAGUGAUGGGCACAUCUGGGUUUCACCCGAGCAGCAUGGGAAUCUGGUUAGUAAUCCCUUUCUUUUAUCCUUUACUGCAGUGUUCAAAAACCAGAUUGAUUGGAUCCCUUUAAGCACUGGAAGUGUCCGUCCGACUCAAGGCCGGACGCUUGCCAUUGCUCAGGUGUGUGGUGGAUCGCAAUCGUUUAAUGCGGUUAACUCCUUGCGUAUCCUUGGUCGCUGGAUGCGUAUGUUUACUAUUACGAAUCAGUCCUCAAUUCCGAAGGCGUACACACAUUUUCCGGAUGAAGGUCAACCAGGGGAUCAACGGCUCAUGCCUAGUGGUAACCGGGAUCGUCUGGUGGAUUGUAUGGAGGAAUUUGUCAAAUAUACAAUCCUGAUGCGACCCCACCUCGAGCUUUUUGCCGAUCGUUUCAGCGAACGAGAGGAGAAGAGACUAAAGGAAGAAAAGAAGAAUCCUCAUACGGUUGUAAUGAGUCAAGAUAUGUUGUAA